ACAAUGAGAGCAGAACUUCGCCUUUUAUUUUGUUUAUGAAAGAUGCUGAGAAGUUUCUCGCAAAAUAUGAUGAGGAGUUUAUCGCAGAAAAUGACUCUUGUAACACGUUUAAGGAAAAACUUGAAAAGCUUCCCGACAAUGUCAUCGUAAUUGGUUCUCACACUCAUUCUGACAAUCAUAAAGAGAAGUCACAUCCUGGUGGUUUGACUUGCAACAUACUUCAAACUGGUCACUUUGGAUUGUCAUUGCCGGAUCGUUUUGUCUGUGCUAAGGGGCAUGACAAGGGGAAGGAAGUUUCAAAGGAAAAAAAAAUAUUGGCUGUGCUUUUUCCAAACAAAGUGACCAUUCGCAAGCCACAGGAUGCACCCCUGCUCACAUCUUGGAAGCUCCAAUUGGAUCAUGAUGCAGCAACUCUGAAAAUGAAGACAAACUUAGAUCUCCUACGAACUGUUUUGGUUCAGAAUAGUAUGGAAUGUCAAGGGCUUGAAAGUUUGUGCAUCAAGGAUCUGACCCUUACAGAUAAAAUCGCCGAGAAGGUAGUUGGAUGGGCUCUAAGUCACCAUCUAAAGCAGAAUCCGGAAGCUGAUGCUAACUCGAGGCUUGUUUUAUCUUAUGAAAGCAUCCAGUAUGGCAUCGGAAUAUUCCAGGCUAUCAAGAAUGAAUCUAAAAGCUUGAAGAAGUCACUUAAGAAUGUCGUAACUGAAAAUGAAUUCGAGAGGAAGCUUUUAGCUGAUGUCGUUCCACCGGAUGACAUUGGAGUUACCUUUAACAAUAUUGGAGCACUUGAAAAGGUGAAGGAUACAUUAAAGGAGUUGGUCAUGCUUCCUUUACAGAGGCCUGAACUCUUCUGCAAGGGGCAGCUAACCAAGCCUUGCAAGGGCAUACUCUUGUUUGGACCUCCCGGAACCGGAAAGACCAUGCUGGCAAAGGCCGUUGCUACGGAAGCUGGUGCAAACUUCAUCAGUAUAUCAAUGUCAAGCCUCACAUCGAAGUGGUAUGGUGAUGGUGAGAAAUAUGUUAAAGCUGUUUUUUCCCUAGCUAGUAAAAUCGCUCCCUGUGUCAUAUUUAUUGACGAGGUUGAUAGCAUGUUGAAGCAGAGGGAUAUUUCCCAGGAGCAUGAAGCCAUGCGUAAGAUGAAAAAUGAAUUCAUGAUGAAUUGGGAUGGUCUACUUACAAAAGACACCGAACGGGUUCUUGUACUUGCUGCCACUAAUAGGCCUUAUGACCUCGAUGAGGCUGUCAUUCGAAGGCUGCCACGCAGAUUGAUGGUGGACCUGCCGAAUGGCGCAAAUAGAGCAAAGAUACUCAAUGCUAUUCUAGAAAAAGAGGACGUGUCCUCUGAUGUUGAUUUGGAUGCUAUUGCGAGUAUGACGGACGGAUAUUCCGGGAGCGACCUUAAGAAUCUGUGUGUGACUGCUGCGCACUGUCCAAUUCAAGAGAUUCUUGAAAAGGAGGAAAAGGAACAAGCCGCUGCUCGAGCCGAAGGCAAACCUGCACCACCUUCGAGCAAGACUUCCGACCUACGCCCUUUAAACAUGGAGGACUUUAAAAAUGCUCAUGAAAGAGUACAUGUCAGCAUAUGGUCGGAGUCUGUGAACAUGAGAACUCUGCGUCAAUGGAACGAGCUCUACGGCGAGUGUGGUUUGAGACGAAAGGAGGCUCCCAGCUACUUCGUCUGAAGGCCUUCUUCGUAUAUCUUCCUAAAAACUAUGCUCUACUUGUAAAUGCAUCCAAGAAAGUGAUUUUUGUCUGUAAAAAAUGAGUUUUCAGUUACAUAUACAUACAUUUCACUUCGCUAGCCAAGUUCAGCUAAAGGGAUUUGUGAAACAACAAAUUUCAU